UCUAAAACUGUCCUCACAAUCACGCCCUCAUUCAUUCUUUCAGAGACCAACAAACUGAAGAUAUGGAUGUCUCUUUACUUCUCCUGGUCUCGUUUCUUUCUGUAUUUCACCUCAGCCAAGCUGAUCAGCCUUUGGAGGAAACAAUUAUUGUACCAAGAAAAUUUCAGCCUCUUGGUGGCUGGACUGAAUUGAGCCCAGAGAGGGAAGACAUUAUAGAGGUUGCAAAGAAAGCUGUAGAGGAAUUCAAUACAAAGUCUAAAGCAAAGAAAUAUUUUAAAUUUCUUAACAUCAUAUCUGCUCGCACUCAGGUCACAAAUAUAAUAAACUACAAAAUUGAGGCUACUAUGGGAAAGACAAAAUGCCCCAAAUCAGAAAAUGUAGAUAUUGAGUCUUGUGUCAUGGCAAAAAAGCAACUGGCAUGCAAGUUUGACAUAACCUUAAAUCCAAUGAAUGAUCAACAUGUGGUGGAGAUAAAAGCCUGCAAAAAAACGUCUUAAAGUUUAUAUAGACAGUUUUUUACAGUAUCAUAUGUGCUGGAGCGAUAGUGGAUUUGUCAAAUGUAUUAAUACGGAUGAAAAGUCCUUCUUUUGAAAGAAUCUGUAUCUUUUGUUAUAAACAAUAAAUAAAUAAUUUUAUAAAUACUUGUUAAACAAAAGUAAAAAAAUGUUUACAACUAGAAAUUUGGUAUGUGUUUUCAUAAGUUUUUUCAUAAGUGAAAGUGAGAACUAUAUUUGGAAGGCAAAUUAAAGUCGGUAUAAAUCGCAA